AUGAGUAUGUAUUACGAAAAACAAUAUAUAGAUAAGGAAAAUAAAAAGGAGGGAAAUAUGUUUAUCGAAGGUGAAAAUAAAAGUGAAGAAAAUUAUGUAUUUAUCGAUGAAAAAUAUAAAGAAUAUUUUGAUAAUAUAAGUGAUAUGUUUGAAGAAAAAGUUGAUUAUAUUUUAAAAAAACAUUUUAAAAAAAAUGACCCAACAAAUAAAAAUAAAUUAUUAUGUUUAAAUGCUUGUGUUUUAUGGAGAAAAAAAUUUUUACAAUUGCUUGGGAAAUCAUUAACUGAAUAUGAUGAAUAUUGUAAAAUAAAUGAAAAAAAAAAAAAAAAAGACGAAACAGCUAAAAGCACAAAAGAUAUAAAUCAAGAAAAAGAAGAUGAACAGAAAUAUAAAAAUGGGACUGAAAAAGGAAUGAAUAAAGAAUCUGAAAAUGAUGGAGAAACCAAAAAUGUCAAAAUGGAUAAUGCCGAAAUGGAUAGUGGCAAAAUAGAUCAUGACGAAAAAGUUAAUGUAAAAAAUAAUGGAGAAAAAGAUCUUAAAAGUUUUAUAAAAAAUGUAAAAAUCAUAGAUAAUAAAAAUAUAGAAGUUAUAUAUGAUUUGAAUGAAAAUAAUGAAGAUAAUAGACCAUGUGCAGAAUUAUCAACAGAUGAAAUAUAUUAUUUACUUGUUGAAUCUAAAAAAAGUGAAAAUGAAUAUAAAAAAAAGAUUUUUACAUUUUUAAAAUAUUUGCCAUUAUUUAUUAAAUCUAUUGAAAAUAAAAGUAUUAUGGAAAAAAAUAUAUUAGAAGAAAAGCUUUUAAAUAAUUCAUAUGAACAGAAUGAGAUUCAGAAUGAAGUAGACACAUCUAAUAUUAAUGAUAAUAUUUCAAUUUUAGAAAUAAAAAAUAAAUUAGAUGCAAUAAUUAGUUUUAAUUGUAAUUUAUCUGAGAAUUUAGAAACUGUAUUUAAUAAUGGAAUAGAUUUAAUAAAUACUGAUAAAAAUAAUAGCAAUUCUGCUAACUUUUUUCAAUAUAAAUAUGAUACAUUAAAUAAAAAUGAAGAUAAUUAUAUGAACAGUCAUAAGAAUGACAACCUAUAUGGAUCGAACAAUCAUAAUAAUAAUAAUGGUGAUGAUAAUAAUGGUGAUAAUAAUGGUGGUGAAAAUAAUAAUGGAGAUUUAAAUAAUUUUGAAAAUAUGUCUAACAAAUCUUUUAAUCAAAAAACAAAUCAGUCUUUUAUAUUACCUUUAUCAAAAGUUAACGAUUUAUCAUUGAUAAAUAAUAUAAAUUUAAAAUCGGAUAUUGGAUUAAAUGAUGAUAAUAAUAAAAAUGAUUCACAUUUUUAUAUAUACAAAAAUAAUAUGAACAAAAUUAAUAUAUAUGGUCUAGAUAUGCUUAUUAAUUUAAAUAAUAAUUUAAUAUAUAAAAUAAAUCAUGUUUAUAGUUUAAUACAAUUUUAUACAAUUUUAACUAAAGACAUAUUUAAUGAUACUUGA